AAUAACGAAAGCAAAUGUCGCAAGUUAACCAAGUCAACGGUAGUAGGGAAGGCGAAAGUGAUGAGCUAUGAGGAUAUUGUUGAGGCACAAGCCAAACGUGCUGCAAAGGAUACUGCAAAAGAAGCUAUCAAAGGAAAACGUGGUCGGAAGCGCAAAAACCCUGCGCCAGCGGGAACAAAGGCUAAAAAGGCACGGAAAAGCGAAGCAGAGGUUGCGGCGGAUGAGAUUGCCGCAUCAGGGAUGGAGAGUCACUGCUCUGUUUUA